AUGGACCCAACAUUAAGACAGAACGGACGGGGGCACAGCCGGCCGGCUCCCUCACACGGCGGCUCUUGGGAACGUAAUGCGCACACUCGGGAUCCACAUCGGAGUGUGAGAUAUGGGGACUAUCCUGUACAAGGCAAUCCUCCACCGUCGCAGUACAAUUCUACGCCGAAUAUGAACCCAAAUUUUGGGUAUCAGAUUCCACAGGGUAUUCAAACAUCACAACCCUAUCAAUCUAGGAGCCACACUCCUGCCAUGCAACAGCAUGCCCAACUACAAAUACCUUCAGGACAAGGCCAACAACAAUUCGGUGCUUUGAAUACUUUCCCACAAGAUCCAAUGGGCAUGGAUUGCUUCCAAAUGGCGCAGAAUAUGCCCUGGAUGUACCCCGGCUUUGAUAGCGGGAUGUCAUUUCCACCCCCAUUUCCUUUCCUCCCUUUCGAUAGGAAUACCCCACUACCCUUCCAAAACACCCGACCUAUGAGCACAAUGGCCGGCAGCGUAGCACAAAAGCUCACGCCUGAGCCCCAAAGACAAAGAUCGGCAACACCGAUAGUCAAAGUCCCACUUGCAACACUGCAAUACACAAAUCAAGCAUCACUGAAGCCACAGAAGACAGAAAAGCGACCUCUCCUCGUCAUUCUCGAUCUCAACGGCACCCUCAUCUACCGAAAGGCGCGGAAAUUCCCACCAAAAUUCGCCAGGCGCGCCGGACUAGAUCACUUCCUAACCACGCUCAUCGAAAACUACAAAGUCAUGAUUUGGUCCAGUUCCCAACCCGCGACUGUGAACGCAGUCUGCGAGCAGAUCUUCCCAGGUCCCAUGCACGACUCCCUCGUCGCCCUCUGGGGACGCGACAAAUUUGGCCUCACCGCUGGCCAAUACAAUAAAAAGCUCCAAGUCUACAAGGAGCUGCACAAAGUCUGGGCGGAUGCAAAUAUCCAAGGCUCAUUCCCAGGAAACGAGCAUCUAAAAGAUCCCCCUCCUUCAUCACCAAGCGCCAAACUGCCACACCAGAACAUCAAGCAGAAGCGCCGUGAAACCGAAGCUGCAAACCUCCCCGCGGGCCACCGCUGGGAUCAGACGAACACCAUCCUCAUCGACGACAGCAAGAUCAAGGCUUCCAGCGAGCCGUACAAUAUCCUCGAGAUCCCGGAGUUCAACGAUGAUCCCAAUAUCGACGAGUCGAGGCUCUUCGCUAAGGUCCUCAACCGUCUUGAUUUCCUCGCCCACCACGACGACGUGAGCAGGGUCCUCCACUCCUGGAAUGAGCGCGUAGAAAAGGGCGAGGGCACUAUUCUCGAAUUGGACAUCGGGCUCGAUGAAGAUUCUGUCGACAAUGAGGACGGCGGCAUGAGUCUCCUCCCAAGGCCGGCGAAUGCCGACUUAAUACCCGAUUUCAUGAAGUUCGACGGUUCGAAGGAUGUUCCUGCUCCUGCUCCUGCUCCUGCUAAGCCCAAGGCCAAGCCUAAAAAAAAUAAGAAGGCUAAAGCAAAAGCAAAAGCAGCUGCCGCCGCCGCCGCUGCUGCUGCCAAUAAUACAACCCAGAACGCAACCGCAGCUACAAUUACAACCCCCGCAAUCCCCAGCACCAGUACUGCAACCACCAACCCGCCAGCCACAAAUCCAAACCAGCAACCCGAGCAGAAAACAGAAGAACAACAAGCCGAAAUCAGACUAUCUCGCAAAGCGCGCAAAAGAGCCAAGCAAGAAGAAGCUCGCGCCAUUAAGGCCGCUGAAAGCGAAACCCAAACGGCUAACGGCAUACCCACGCCAAACUACAACAACGUGACGAGCGACCAGGUCGUCGCUAGCAUCGAGUUGGGAUUAGACGGUGCCGGGAUCGAGCCAGAAGUAAACGGUGAUGCUGAGCCUUACUUUGGCGCAAGCAAGAGAGCUAUUCGUCGCAGAAAGAAGGGCGCAGAGAAAACCAGACUGGCGGCCCUUCUGCAGCAGGACAAUGGUCAUCCCAAUCCUCCUGAGACGGAGCUUGCUGGUCCAUUCGAUCCUACUAGUUCAUCAGAGCCAAGAUACAACUUCCGAAAGAGGGAUUUCUUUUGGAGCCAUAAUGUUCCCGAGCCUGGUGCUGAAUCUGGCUCCGGCUCUGACUCCGGUCCCGGGGCGGCAUUCGAGUCUGCCUCUGCUGCUGCCCACGCUGCCAAUGCUGCAAACAUCGUGUCAACCGGACUAUCGCCCGAGUAUCUCCCUCCAGAUGCGGAUAUAACUGCCGGUAUGGAUCUGGAUGUGGCUGAGUAUGUUCCGCCAGAUGCUGUGAUAGUGGAGGCUGUACCUACGGAUGCUACGACUAUACAUGCUAAGACUGCAGAUGCCGUGACUGCGCAUGCUAUGACUACGCAGGCUGGGACUGCAGAUGCUGUGACUAUGUCGAGACCCAAGCACGAUCGGUCACCCUCGCCGGCUUCAUCGACUGGGUCGGGGAAUUGGCUGCUUGAUCGUCUUGAGGAGGGGCUUGGGAUUUUGAAGCGUUGA